CUUCUGUGCAUCGCGAAUCUCAUUACCAUGCAGUUCAUUCCGCUACUUUUCAUACUACUGACAGUAUGUUGCCAGUUGCCAAUCAGCUUGGCUCAAUUGACAAGAUUUAUAGUUUCGGAACAGAAGGCCAACUGGUUUGACGCCGCCAAGUAUUGCUACGAACAAGGAUGGAUGCUGGCGGCAAUUGUAGGCAAAGACGAGGAACGACGAGUGGUGGCUCACGCCCAGCGCAACAGUCCUCUCGGUUGGCUGAAUCCUCGAUUUUGGGUGGCGGAAAACGAUCAGGAAGCCGAUGCCGAGUUCUGCCCUCAAAUAACGCUGAAGGACUACAUAAACGGCGAAAAUGACUGCAUGGAAAUGUUACACUUUGUUUGUGAAGUCUUGGAAUAAGAAAACUCAUUGAUUCGAAGCUCUAUUUCAGGAUGCAAUAUGAUUGUUAUUAUUGUUCUAUACCAA